UAAGAAAAGCACUCCAUUGACGAUUUCUCUUCCCCUUCGUGUUUGAUCUUCUCACUCCAUCAUCUUCCCGGCGUCACUACUCACUAGACUAGGGUUCUCCGCUGUCCGCUUCGGUAUUUGACGGAGAUCGGAGCAAAUUCUGCGGUGACGAUUCAAUUCUUGUUCCCGGACGGUGGCGACGCCGAUUCCGGUUCUGUUCGGAGAUCUCAGCUCCUGGGAGACAAUAAAGGCUUCACCGAGUAUGAUGCAAGCCAUGAUUUAAGAUGUUACACAAGAGCAAGAUCAAGUUAGCUGCACUAGUGGGGAUCACAUUUUCUGUAUUUUCUUUGCUUGUGCAUCUCUUUGUUGCAAAUUACACGGUGGGGGGAUUUAGACAGUACAAGUUACAAGAUGACUAUCCAUAUCCAUUGGGACAUAAACCUCGGCCUCGAAGGUUAUGGGGUCCCGUGGCCUCUUUGGAGGUCUUGCAUUCAUAUGCCAAGCCGAGAAGUUCAUACCCCCAUGUUCCAAAUCAGCAGAGUGGUUUCAUAUAUGCAAAGAUCUUUGGUGGAUUCGAGAAGAUAAGAUCUUCGAUCUGUGACCUUGCUGCUAUUGCAAAGCUCUUAAAUGCAACACUUGUCCUUCCAGAGAUCCAACAAAGUGUCCGAUCGAAAGGCAUCAGUCCAAGAUUUAAGAGUUUUUCUUAUCUUUACGAUGAAGAGCAGUUCAUAUCAGCACUUUCAGAGGAUGUUGUCAUUGUGAAAAGUUUGCCAGCAGACUUGAAGGAGGCUAGGAAAAAGGCAAAAUUUCCUUCAGUAUCACCCAAACCCUCAGCUUCCCCAAACUUUUAUAUCAGAGAUGUGUUGCCUAAAUUUAAAAAAUCUAAGGUUAUUAGGAUAUUAAUUUCUGAUGGAGGAUGCCUUCAGGCAAUCCUUCCCUCAAGCAUGGAUGAAUAUCAGAGACUUAGAUGCAGAGUUGCUUUCCAUGCUCUUCAAUUACGCUCAGAAAUUCAGGCACUUGGUAACAGGAUAGUAGAGAGGUUACGAGCAACUGGCAGUCCUUAUCUAUCUUAUCACCCAGGACUUAUGAGGGAUGUUCUAGCAUUCCAUGGCUGCGCUGAACUUUUCCAGGAUGUUCAUACUGAACUUAUCCAGUAUACUAGGAAGCAGUUGAUAAAUCAAGGAGUGAUUGUUAAUGAUCUUGUUGCUGAUUCAUUUGCUCAAAAACGAAAUGGUUCAUGUCCUCUCAUGCCCAAAGAGGUUGGACUUAUUCUUCGUGCAAUGGGUUAUCCUGCAAAUACUAUAAUCUACUUGGCUGGUUCUGAGAUAUUUGGAGGGCAGAGGAUUUUAGUUCCUUUACGAGCUAUGUAUAUGAACUUAGUAGAUCGUACUUUCUUGUGUAGUAAGAAAGAGUUGUCAAACUUGAUUGGUCCUGAAUAUCCUCUCCCUUCAAAUAUUCCUCAGCUUCCUCUUGUGAAGAGUGAGAAACAACUUAUUGAGGAGUGGAAAAAGGUUGGGCCCUGGCCACGACCUCUCCCUCCACCUCCCGCAAGGCCCUUUUAUCAGCAUGAAAAGGAGGGUUGGUAUGGUUGGGUUGCAGAGACUGAUACAGAGCCAGAUCCUUUACCUAUGGAUUUGAGGAACCAAGCACACAGGUUAAUCUGGGAUGCACUUGAUUAUUAUGUUUCUGUUGAAGCCGAUGCAUUUUUUCCUGGGUUUAACAAUGAUGGUAGUGGUUGGCCUGAUUUUUCAAGUUUAGUGAUGGGUCACCGAGUAUACCAAACAGCAUCCGGAGUAACCUAUCGUCCUAAUAGACAAAUACUUGCUGAGUGGUUCAGCUCUGUACAUGAUAAUCUAUAUCAUCCACCACAUAAUUGGACAGCAUUGGUGCGGGAUCAUCUUAACAGGAGCUUGGGUGUGAAUGGAUUGAUUGCAGAGUUUGAAUCAUCAAAAUCUGUAUCUUUUCUUUCACAACCUUUCCCAGAAUGUUUUUGUAGAACUUCCAAAUCUUCUGUUAUCCCUGACCAUGCCAUGAGCAACAGUCUCAAGUCGCAAUACAUAAGUGAGGAUGAAUGCCCUGAAUGGAUGGCUCGUGGCCUAGCGAUGGCCUUCUCUAAUGCUCCUGCAUCCAAAGAUGAUGAUGUUGAGGAGGAUGAGUUUCAAGAAGAUGAUGAGGCAGUGACUGAGGCUGAAUCUGAUACUGGGAAUAGAAGUGAUGUGAAUAGAUCCAUCGAGCAAGAUGAAGAGAUGGAUCCAGAUGAUUAAGUUCGUAAACAGUAUGUAGAUGUUGAAAAUAUUCAAUUUUCAUGUUGCCUUUCAUCAGGAGGCUUCGAGCACAUGUGCAGAUAGUAAUGGUCUAACCAGACUUGCAGCUAAUGAGUUUGCCAUGAUUCUUUUUGCCGGCUGCAAGCAAUCUCGAUGAGCUCAAGUGCUUAGCUCCAAAGAUAUAGUGUGACUCUUGCUGUGUCUUCUUAUCUUCUUAUACACUCUCAGUAUGAAAAUUAACCACCCCAGAGCAUUCCUUUUCUUGCCCGUUUCUUGAAUCUUUGUUCCAAGUUGAUCGUGUAUAUUUUGAUUUGUAUUUGUUUAGGAUACAAAUUAGCUUGGGAAGGAGUAAAUUUUCUUAACUUUGUACAAGCUUCCCAGCUACAUGCUAACCUUUGUGGACCUAAAUUUUCGUGGUGGUUUUGUUUCAGCCAGCCAAUAAGCCUUAA